AUGACGAGGAAGAUUCGUAGAUUGGGGUUUUCCAAAAUCAAGGUUUGGAGUUUGGUGAAGAUUGGUUCAGUAGUUGGAUUUUUGGCGUUACUGUUUUGCCACCGCCAUUGUUGUAGCCGUGCCUCUAUUGCCGAAAAACGGCGCCGUUGUUGCCGGAGAACCACCGUUGAAGCCGUUACUGUUCUGCUGCCGCCGCCACUAGAGGUAGCUAUUGGAGCUGCCGCCAAAACCCCUGUCUUCUUGGUUUGGGUUCCGCAACAGCGAAUAGCGAACAACGAAGUAAUGAACAUCAAGUGGAAGCAAACAAUAGCAGUUUUACAAAUGGAGAAAUUUGGGGAAGCAAAUAAGUUUUUUGCAAAUUUGGAUCUUCAAAGUUCAGUUCCUUGGACAGCCCUGAUCUCGGGUAAUGUUCAGAAGGGACACCCUGAAGAAUAUAUAAAGCUAUUCAUUGAGAUGCAAAGAGCUGAAAAGACUGCAGAUGCAACUACCUAUGCCAGCAUCCUAAAAGCCUGUGCAAAUUUAGCCUCACAGGCUCUGGGAAAGCAGUUACACUACUCGCACAUAAUCAUAUCAGGGCACAUAUUGUGUUUUUAA